AUGGCACAACACGCCUUCAACCAGUUUGGUGGCGGCCAGAACGCUGGCGGUGCCAGCAGCAGUGUCGACCCGAACGACCUGGCAAUGUCCGGAACAUACGCAGCCUCAUACUCGAACAAUUUCAAUGGAAAUAACAAUUCCUCCAAUUUCUUCGGCGAUGACGAAUUGCUCGACACCCUCGGUAGCCCGACGGAUCCUAUGUCCAACCAGCCCGGCAUGCACAACCAAGGCCAGGAUUUCGGUGGCAUGAACGAGAUGAACAUGGGCUUUUCGCAUGGCAUAUAUCCAUCACAUCAAGGAAGCCACGGCAUACCCAUGGAGCAAAACCAUAUGAACGGUUAUUCCAAUACGCCGGAUGGGGACCCAAUCCAGAGUCCAUUCGUCCAUAGUUUUAACCAGGCGCAAUUCCAUCAGAUGCAGCAGCAACAUCAACAACCAUUUGGAAACUCCCUUCAAUCGCCCAUAUCCUAUUCUGGCUCUCCCUUGGCCGGUUCCGAUCCGAACAACGAAGGUGGUGAUCCCAGUUACCUAAACGCCAAGUCCCGCCCUCAGCUCUCUAACAUGCAGCGCAAACCAUCGAGUACCCGAAGCCCGCUUACACCUAAGACUGCUGCCAUGUCCACCUUAUCCGUGAACUCUCGGGAACAAUCAGGAUUCGGUGCCCAGCCAAUUCGAACUACUAACGGCCAUCACGAGAAGUCACCUUCGGGCCAAUGGAUGCACACUCCCAACAGCCUUUCUUCCUUCCCCGGAUCAGGUUUCUCCUCACCUAUGCAACACGGUAUGCAAAACCCGCAGAUUGCGGAUGUGCUACUAAAGGGCGGUACUUCUAUGCCUACCAAAUUAAAUACGCCACCAAAUGCAGUUUCGUCACAAGAGAUGAAGAGGAAGCGACGCCGCGAAUCACAUAACCUUGUUGAGCGACGACGCCGGGACAACAUCAACGAGCGAAUCCAAGAUCUAAGCAAGCUCGUCCCAACGCAUCGAUUAGAAGACGAGAAAAUCAGGAAACUCAUACAAAACGGCACGCCAUUAUCUCCUAGCCUAACCGGAAUGUCUCACCCAGCGCAGGCCACCUCGGGAUUAGCCGGUCCGGGCGCAAAGCGAGCCACUGGGGUGGGCAACAUUACCACCGGCCUUCCUCUCGAAGAGAAGGACAAGGGCCCCAACAAGGGGGAUAUUCUCAACGGGGCGGUCAGCUGGACGAGAGACUUGAUGUGGAUGUUGCACCUUAAGCUUCAGCAACAAGAAGAACUUAUCAACACCAUCGUAGAACUCGGUGGUAAUGUUCCACUUGGACUCACGGAUGACGAGAAGCGAAUGCAAACAGAGUUGAUGGAAGCAAUGGCCAAGAAUGGUCCGCAUACCUUUUCAUACUCUCGCUUUGCUGGAUCGGGUCUACGAGUGCCUCAGCACACUGACUACAGAGGGGACUCUUUGAACGGGUCAGAGAGUGCGAUCGCCGCCACUUCUGUGAGCCCUGACGGCCGGAAUGGCGUAGACCUUGCAGCGGAUAUGGGUGACGCCGGCCAGUUCUGGAAUGAUCCGGAUGAUGACGACAGCGGUCCCGCGUCGAUUAACUUCAAGGAAGAGGAUGAAUUUGGGAUGGAUCUCUCACACGAUUAG